UGUCAGUUUACUUGUGUAAAUCGAUAGGGAUAUAAUACACUCGUCGAUAUUUACUUUAGAACAUUUUAAAUAAAUAAAUUACCAACAAUUUAUUACUUUUAAGAAAUAUAACUGCAUUUCACAAACCUAAUUUUUGUUUUGUGAGAAAAAUAUUAAAAUUCUUACUAUUUAUGGAGGCUGCAGAAAGCCCAGCUUUAGACAUGUCAGAUAAAAAUUCUGAAACAUCACGGCUUGUGUCUCAAAAUGCUAGUACAAAACCAAGUUAUAUAAACGUAUUUAGCAAUAUUAUUGCAGUUUUGUUUUUGGGGAUAGUAACGUAUUUCAGUUUUGAUAAUGGAAUUACUAUUUUCUCAUUUCACCCCAUACUGAUGACUCUUGGUUGGCUGUUGAUUAUGACAUCAGCAAUAAAUGCCAUCACUCCUGGUGAUUUGGCUACAGAAUGGAUGCCUAUACGACUCCGAAGUGCUCGUCAUUGGGUUCUCCAAGUACUGGGUGGUAUUAUAAUCACAAUUGGUUUUCUUGUGAUUAUAUCAAAUAAAAUAAUUAAUAACUCCUCUCAUUUUACCACUUAUCAUGGAAAAUUUGGACUAGCAUCCUAUAUUUUUAUGUUGAUUACAAUGUUAGGCGGUAUCGGUGCACUAUAUAGUCUUAAGCUCAAACAAUACUUGCCACCUAUUUAUACGAAACUUAUGCAUGCUUCUGUUGGAUUACUAACAUUCUGUAUGGGCAUAACUUCGAUGUCACUGGGCUUAUUUUCUGGCUGGGGAGCUAAAAAAGGAGAAGUUUUCCAGUAUGUUGGUUUAUGUAUGGUAUUACUGGUUAUGUUGUUCACUGUAUUACGUCCUACCUUAAAAGUAUAUUUUCGGAUGAGGGAAAGACUAGAGAAUGCAAGUUAAAUGUUGUCAUCCAACUAUUUAUAAAACUAGGUAAACUAUGAUGUAUUAAGUGCUUUAGCUACUCACAUUAUACAUGUCGCCUUGCAUUGUAACAGUAAUAAAUUAAUCUUUUUUUUCGAAUGAUUAGACUCCUAAACAGAUUAUAUUGUAAAUUGUUAUUAAAUACUAAUCAUCAUGCCUAUUAUUAUCAUAGCAACACAAUAAUAAAUUAAAAAUUCAUUAGAAUAUUAUAAUAGAUAAAAUGACUACAUAAAUUUAUUGUAAGGAAUCAACAGAUUCAUAUGGCACAGAUCUGUUUUUAAUUGCAGUGUUUGUGGUAGAGAUGUUUGUUCCAGAGUGGACAAUUUAUAUUGAAAUUACAUAUAAUGAAGUACCUAGGUUCACAAUGAGAAUCCAAAUAACACUUUUCCACUUAGAGAAAUUAUCAUGGAUGGGCACAAAUUAGUGUUAUAUGGUUACAAAGGUACCAUGCAUAGAUCUGGAAAGUAAUAUCACUAUUAAGUUAUAAGUGCUUUAUGUUUGUCCAACAUAAUAUAUUCUAUAUAUAGGCAGUAGUUCUUAAUCAAAACAAUCCAUUAUUUACUAAGCAUAUUUGUAUGUAUAUUGUUGUAGGUUUCACUGUCAAUGACCAAAUAUUACACAGAACUUCUAUUAUUUUAUAUUGAUGAUACAGUUAAUUGCAUUAUUUGUUGAAUUGUUUAUAUAAUUGUAUAUGUAAUAUUUCCUAUACAGGGUACAAGAUCUCUUCACAGCAUAGAAUAUAAGUUUGUUAAAAAUGUUCUUAUCCUUAGUAAUAUUUGAAAAUUUAAAAAACCGUUAUACUAGAUUAAGCAAUAGUGGGUUAUGUAUGGUAUGUCUGGUUGUCAUCCGACGUGCUCACAAAAUCGGCAUUUUAUUUGAAGUAUUCAUAAUGAAUAAUGAUAUGUAUGUAUAUAAAUAUAUAGCGUCCAUAUAAAAGAAUGAGUCAGACGUA